AUGAAGCUCACACUCGCUACACUGACUCUCGUCGCACUCACGGCUGCUACUCCCCCUCCUGAGCCGGUUGUUCUCAAACCGGUUUCUGAGAAGGCUAGUAGUGGUUGCUAUCACUACAUAAUUCCCAAGCCAAACAACUGCUGUCUUCCUCGUCUCUGCGCCUGCAAAGAUGGUAACUACUACCAAUUCAACGAAGACGCAUGGAAACAAAAGAUGAACGGAUGUGAUCCACCCUGGGGCUAUCUCGGAAAGAAAAUGCACGACAUGCCUAGCUUCUGCUGUCGAGGAUGGAAAGCCCCCAAGCCUGUAUUUCCCGCGUAA